AUGUGGCAGGGCCGGUGUUUGCCACUUCUCGCAUUCAUCGUUGGACUUUCAGGUGUCACAGCUGGUGGUCUUGACUGUGACUCCACUCUCUACAUGGAAUGUCAAUCUGACUUGAACAAAGCAUUGAGCAUUUCCGACCCUCAACCAUGGUUUGAUCCUGAAAAUUUCAGAAAGCAGGUUGAAACAUACUACCAGAACCAAGGACCUGAUGGAAUCCGUAAAGUUUGCAGAGCUUUCCGUGAAUUCAAAACCUGUAUGGGUGCCCAAUAUUCUGAUUGCAUGUCUCCGGUCCAUUUUGUUUCGGUUUCGGCUACUCCAUUCGCUGCUUAUCAAUUUGUUGGAUUGUUCAACCAAAUGCACUUCGUCUGUGGAGCUGGAUUGCAAACAUACCUUUCGAAUGAGGGUUGCAUGUCUACUACGUGGAAAGGACAGAGUGGACAGCAAUUGACACAGUGCAGACUUGACUAUGAAGUUACAAGCGAUGUGGAUCCAAUGCAGGCUUGCACAUUGGCCAACAAGUACUUGAUCUGUUUCGAAAGUCAAUUCAAACAAAACUGUGGUGACAAAUCAAACGACGCACAAUUUUGGGCUUGCGAGUAUUCUCGUGUUAACAUUUUCACCAGAUUCCCACAAUGUGCUGCUAGAUGUGUCUUGCCAUACUCUGGAGGUAUCAUCGGAUGA